UGGAAAGCUUGCCGGCCUUGACGCUGGAAGGAGAAACCAGUCAGUCUCCGGCGCUGCCCCUCCCGCCGUGGCCGGCGACGGGUGGAGGCAGUAUGUGGAGCGAGAGACAGUGGGCAGCCGGAGCCGGCGUGUCCCUCUGAAGGCCUCACGACCUGCCGGCUUGUGAUGGCCACGAGCGCGUGCGCGUGAGCGUCAGCGUCCGACCUCCAGUGGUCCGUGUUUCCCCGAGCAAGAGCGAACAGCAGUUUGGCGGCGGCUGAUGGCACCAAGCGCAGCCGCCGGACCGCCGUCCCUGGCCCGGCCAUCGACAUCGAGUAGCAGCCACCUGCGGCGCGCCGGCAGCGCCCUCCAGCCCGUCUCCGUCCCGCGCGCCUUGGUGCAGGGGCGGAGGCGCCUCACGGGCGCCGUCCGAGCCGCGCCGGACGCGCCGCCGGUGGUCAGGGCUGCCGUCAGCGCCGUCACCGAGCUCCUCAGAGCCCUCUCCCCGAACAAGGCGCUCAGGUAACUAACCCAGCAUCUCACACUCGUCAACCCCAUCAGUCAUCCAUCCGCUCUGGAAUAUGGAUCCCCGUGGCGUUCUGUGCUCUUGCGGUCGGCUGUGCAGGGGCGCUGCUACCCAGCAGCAGCAGGGCGAGGAGCCGGAUCCGGACCCGACCUGCGGCAGCGUCGAGGACGUGCUCGCCGUGCUCCGAGACGAUUACCGGCGCGCCUACUUCCUCACCGGGGAUUUCACUCCGGGAAUAUACACCGAAGACUGCUUGUUCGAGGACCCGACGAUCAAGUUCCGCGGACUCUCCAGGUACUCCCAGAACCUGGGUCUGCUGGUGCCCUUCUUCGACAGCCCUUCGCUCGAGCUAGAGAACAUUGAGAAGGGUUCGAGGGCCGAAACGAAGUUCGUCAAGGCGACAUGGAAACUAAGGUUCAUCUUCAAGCUCCAAAAGGACGUAUCUGAGGCUUCCAUGGAGGCCGCUGGUCGCGAUCGGAGGGAGCACGACGUAUGAUCUGGAUGGAGAUUUCAAGGUUACUCGGCACUCCGAGAGCUGGGACGUCUCUGCGCUUCAGGCCAUCGCUCAGAUCUUCGUCUCGGCCCCGGAGGAGAAGCUGGAAGGCAGCUGAGGCUGAGGCAGAGCAUGCAAUGUACAGCGCCACGCAGACGCAGGAUCAGUGAUCUGAAUCCGUGAUGAGCAGGUGUCCAAAGCCGUCUGUCAGAGCUCCGCUGGUCUUCUCUGUGCAAACAAACUGUACCCUCUCUGUUCCAGGUUAUAAACAUUCGAAUAAUUUUGCUACUUACCUAGAUAUAUGUUACGUAUAUAGAUAUAUAGUAAAGGGCGGUUAUUAUGACACAAAUUUGUAGGGUGUAGGUACAGGUUUUGAAUUUGACAUUUGAUGAACACUAUAUAAAAACCGACUCUCCUAUAUUCC